UUAAUUUUGUACGAAUUAAAUAAAUGUAGGGAUUUGAAUUGUAUCUCAUGUUGAUAAAAAAUGAAUAAGAGAGGAGAAUUAGAAGACGUAAAAUAUUCCUGUCGAGUAUGUUUAUCUCGGGGUGAAAAAAUGUUUUUCUUGGAUAAUCCAUUGAAAGAAGAAAAUAGUCCUUCAAUUUUGCAAAUUUUAGAAAUGAUUAUAUGUACCAAGGUGGAACUUAAUAAUAGUUACCCUUGCCUAGUGUGUGCAGAUUGUUUAAAAUUUUUGAAUGUAGCUUACGAUUUUAAGCUCAGAUUUGAACAUUCACAAAAAAUAUUGCAAAACUUUCUGGAUAAUUAUGAAGGAGAGAAAAAAUUUCUUCAGAAUGAUGUCUGUGGAAAUAAUAAGGAAUGUGAAAGUAAUGAGGAUGUGGAAACUAUUUAUAUUAAAUAUACAGAUAUUCAUGAAGAUUUGGAUGUGAAGCAAACAGAAGCUGAAGAUUAUGAUUAUGAGAAUACUGAAAAUCCUUCUGAUGAUACAGGUGUUUGGGAUCAAAUUGUAAUGCCUUUGGAGGAAAACGAAAUUAAACCAUCAAAAUUUAGUAACAGUAAAAAACGGCGUGGCAGAAAGCAGUCAUUUAACGUUGAUAAAUAUAUAAUAGAAUACACGGACACAAAUCCUGUAUCCUUAGAUCUGAAAAAUCUGCCAGACGUUGAUGACGAACUCUUUCGAGCAGCGUGCAACUUAAAAUAUAAGUGUUCUGCUUGUCCCAAAUUAUAUUCCAGUAAAGGAAAGCUCGAAAAGCACGAAGAAGGAUGUAAAAAAUUAAAAUGUAGGAUAAAUUAUAAAAAAUUAUGUACUGCAAAAAAUGUGGCUGCCAAUCAAGAUAACUAUUUGUUACUGUAUCAGAGCGAUAAGUGCUCUCGGGUGUAUUCAUCCAAGGGAGAGUUAGACGAUCAUACCGAAACAACCCGUGAUUCUUCCCACACGGACACGUUCUUAAAGAUAAAGGUAGAAGGACUCUCGGAGAUUGAUAAGGAGUUAUUUAGAAGUGCUUCGCUUUUGAAAUACCAGUGCGAUAGUUGUACAAAAGUGUACUCCUCGCACGAAAGAUUCAACAGGCAUAAAACGGUUUGUGGGAAGUCUAAGAAAAAGUGAAAAAGUCCACGUUAACACGAUUACGUAAGGAAUGUUUCAGCAGUGAAGCGUGUCAAACAGAAUUAAUUGAAAUAAAAAGUAAUAAUAAUGUGUCUCCAGAAUUUACAUUGUUUAAUAGCAAAUA